AUGCCCUCAGGCGAGCCGCAGUUUGCCACGGUCUCACUUCUCCUUGCUGACGCGGUGGAGGGGACCUUUCGCGUGCCGAUUACAGAUGACACAACAGUGCGCCGCCUGGCAAAGGACGCAAUGCGUCGACUGCUUGCCCGUUACAGCGCCGGGAGGCAAGUUAUCCAGCGGGAGAAAAUCUCGGUGACAGAGGUUUUUGUGAAGAGCGGCUCCAAUAGGGCGGAGAUAUUCGCACAAGACCUUGUCAACCAAGUCGUGCUUAUCAAGGAAGAGGUGUUGUACAUGCGCCUGCAUAUGAGGGAGAGGGUAGAGACAGGGACGGGGACGGGGGACGACUCCCGCGCGACGGCGGACACUACGGAUAGCAUCACAGCCAGGCGCACUCAUACAGGUAGCCGCAUGGAUGCCAAUGUGCCUUACUCUGCCGACGCGCGCUCCACGUCGGAAGAACCGCCGCAAGAAGAGCAGAAGCCCGGCGAUAUAGGGAAGCUGAACAAGCAUACGUCUUCCACUCCUUCUGCGGCCGCCGUUCCUGCGGCUGUAAAGACGCAUGAAGAAGAAAAUGUAAAGGGGUCUACGCAAGAGGCGGGAGAGGGAACUAGAGUCAAAGAAGAGGGGACUACCAGCGCGGCAGGUGAGAGGAAGGGAAAGGGCACAAGACGUGGUCUUGGCUGGGGCCCAGAGGCACACAAGCACUUCGCCGAUAACUACGUUGCAAGCCCCAAUAAACUAAUGCAGAAGCGGUGGAAGAAGGGAAGGGUUACCACAAGGAAAGAGCCACCGUCCGCGACGGAGAAGGAAGAGAGAACAGAGGCGCCGGAAAAGGGGCCUUCCCCGGAAAUAACUGCAGUCACGCAGGCAUGUCGAGGAUUGGGGUGGGGUCCGGAAGCCGGGAAGUACUUUGCCGAUAACUAUGUUGCCUCCCCUGAAAGGAUCACGCGGAUCAAGAGCCGCGAAAGACGUCUGGAAAAAAAAAAGGACAGGAGGAGGAGGAGGAAGCGGCGAGGCAAGUACGAAAGCGGAAGGAGCAGGAAGAGGAAGAGGAAGAGGCAAGGCGGAAGCAGCACACAGCAGACUCUCUCCCAAACUUUUCAAUAA